AUGCGACAAUCGUUAUUGUGGAUACUCUUUUUCUUGGUGUCCACGAUUUAUGCUCAGUCGAGUGAUGAUCCACCACCACCAGCAACUUCAGACGACCCACCACCGCCUGCUACUUCAGACCCUGUACCAACAUCUUCAGACCCUCCACCCGCUACUUCGAGUGAUCCACCACCAGCUACUUCGAGUGAUCCACCACCACAAAGUUCAUCUGAUCCACCACCCCCUGCAUCCUCAGGUGGUGAGCCAUCAAGCAGUGGAAACCCACCACCAGCAUCAUCCAAUCCACCACCCAGUAGCCAAGAACCCACGUCAUCUGAUCCCACCACAUCUAAUCGUCCUACAGACCAACCAAGUACAACCGAUGAGCCAACAUCAUCCAACAGCGAUGAGUCACCUUCUAACACUAGCUCAGAGACACCAUCAGAGAGCUCUUCAAGUGGAAAAGAUGGCGAUGGUGGUGACGACGUAAAGCAUAAAGGGGCCAUUAUCGGUGGUACCGUUGGUGGUGUUGUGGGUGUUGCCCUUGUUGGUGGAUUAUUUGCAUGGUUGUGCCUAAAACGCAAACGAAACAAUGGCAAAGGCAAAAAGCGGCCCACUGAAUUUGAAGAUUUUGGUUUGGCUGAAAGUGAUUUCCCUCAACAACAAGGUCGUCCAACAACGAUGAUGGCAUCUCCCACCCUACCAAGACUUAAUGAUCAAGGCAAUUACUAUGCUGCUGGUGGUGGUGGACCCCAUCAAGCUUAUUAUGAUAACCCCGCUGUGCAACAGCAACAACAGCAAGCUUAUUACUAUGCCGACCAACAGCAACAACCACCAGCAGGCUAUGGAGGAUACGAUGGAUAUUAUUAUGAUACUAGCACAGCGGUAUCCAGUACACCACCACCUGCAGGGCAAUACUAUGCCAAACCCGAUACGGCGGAUGGUGCGAAACCCCACUUGCACCAUUAA